UGCGUGGCCCGUUGUCAUCUGGUGAUGCGCGAGGCGAGGAUACGUCAGACGAGACGACAAAAAAUCAAAGUAAGGAAAAAUUUGUUUUCCAAUUUGCGUGGUGCUGCAGAGCAGAGUUUCAGGGAUUCUUGCGGAUCGUGGAAUUGUUGCUGUUUAUGUUUGGACCAGCAAUAACAGCAUUAUAGAAUGGUCACACCAGGUGACACUCCCAAACAGGAUAUCAUCGAACAGUAGUUCCGUCUCGGCUUGGAGGACAUUAUUGGCUGGGAGGGGCCACUCACGUAAUCGUUGGACAAGGCGGCGACUGGUGACAACGGGUUCCGGAUCGAUACCUACAGAUGAUUAAUAUGUUGCCCCUGUACGAAGAAUCGGAAGAGUUUCUCAAAAGUUGGACAUUUGGUUUCUUGGCCCUGAUAGUGGUGUACUUUGCGUGGCGCUCGACGUACGUUCGGGAGGAUCGUCCCAGCUCGCAGGCCGCCGUUCUAGUCAUCGAAAACAACCUGAGGCGGUUGAACCGGAUCACUCAGCAACCGGUCACCAUCAAUAUUCUUCGAAGCUCAUCACAACAGUCCAACAUCUCUAACGUUACGGAAACGGAAGAGUUGGACUUGGAAAACGACAGCAUUGCAUCGUCGAUCGAUAAUAUAACACAAUCCAUUCUAACUGAGGCAUCAGAGUCGGCCACCGGUUUAGACAUCAGCGAUUCCGAAACGUACCCGAGCACAUCGGCUGUCGGCCGAGGACGGAGCAGCUUGGAUGAGGUGGAUCUCGGUCCCGAGGAAAUCAUACGCCAAAUGGAUCGCGAUUUAGACGACGUGCCGGCUUCGACGUCGGCUCAAGGCAGUGAACAUACCAACGGGUUACGUAACCGUAACCCAGGCCAAACGACUCCGAAUGAAGGGUCGGAUGGCUCAACUUUGGCGGGUGGCGAAACGGCCAAACCUAAAGAGCAGCUACCGUCGAAGCAAAUCAGAAUAAAGCUGAAAUAUCUGAACGACGAUUCCAAACUGGUGGAGGGCAACCUCAACGAAGGCAUUGGAGAUUUCAAAAAGCGUAACUUUUCCAUCGAACUCGCUGCCAAGAAGCUGGUCCGACUGGUGUUCAACGGCCAUGUGCUGCAACCGGAUUCCAAGACGCUGGCCGCGUGUGGGCUGUUCGACAACUGCGUCGUGCACUGUCUGAUCCACAAUCCCAAACCUCAGAUGGGUGCCACCGGGGAGGACUCCGGCACGGUCGGAGACAACGGAACCACCGAUAGUGGCGGUGGUGGUGGCUACGGAACCGGUGGGGGCAUUUCCGGCGAAUCCACCAGACGCGACAAUUCCACCCGGUAUGGAACCUAUUUCAUCUAUAUCGGGACGUUUCUGUUUUCUGCGGCGAUUGCCUACUGUUGGUACUGUCGGUUCCACUACGGGCAUCUGUUCAAUCUAAACUCGACCAUCGGGUUGAUUGUGACCACUACCAUAUUCCUGAUCAUGAUGCCGACGAUCAUCCUGACCGAUAGCAACAGUGCGAAUUAGAGUAUCGUUUGAUUUUAAUUUGUGGUAAGUUAAUCUGACUCCAGUUUGGAUUUUACUGGACAGACAUAUUUUUGGUUAUAAUAAAUUAUCUCAUAGUUGUUUCCGGGACUGAUAGUCCGGCGUGUACAUAAUCCCAAACAGUGAUCGUUUUGUAUCUAUUGCUACAUUAAAUAGUGACACAUGCAAUGAACUCCCUUAA